AUGUCGGACAAGAAGCCAGAGCCAAAGGAGUUGUCCGAUGAAUACAUUCUAGCCGCAAUCGCAAAAGAAUCAAAAGAAUUCGACAAGGAUGCCGAGAUCGACCGUAUCCUCAAAGCCUUCCGCCUCGACUCGUACGCUGUCCUGGAUCUCCAACCCGGCGUGCCCGACAACGACAUCAAGAAAUGCUACCGCAUGAAAUCCCUCCUGAUCCAUCCUGACAAAACCUCAAACCCUUCGGCACCAGACGCCUUUGACCGUCUCGCAAAAGCACAAAAGUCGCUGCUCGACGAGAAAGAGAGAGCGAAACUGGAUGAAUGUAUAGCAGAUGCGCGUAUGCUGUUGAUGAGGGAGCGCAAACUUACUACCGAUAGUGAAGAGGUCAAGGACCCGGAUACUGAGUUCAGAAAGGCGUGGAGGGAAAAGACAAAGAUGGUGCUGGUGGAUGAGGAGUUGAGACGGAGGAAGAAGAUGAAGGCUCAGAUGCAGGAAGAGGGCAGGGCUCAGAAGAAGGAGGAAGACGAGAUUGCCGAGCGCAAGAGGAAGAGGGAGUUUGAGAGCAAGUGGGAGCAGUCAAGGGAAGAACGCAUUGGCUCAUGGCGUGACUUUCAAAAGGGAAAGCAGCCAGACAAGAAGAAGAAGAAGAUCAAGACGCUGGGUUGA